UGCAGGCUCGCCAAGCAGCCCCAUGUGUGCUCUUCUUUGAUGAGCUGGACUCCAUCGCCAAGGCCCGAGGCGGGAAUAUCGGUGAUGGCGGCGGUGCUGCAGAUCGUGUCAUCAACCAGAUCCUGACCGAGAUGGAUGGCAUGUCCACCAAGAAAAACGUCUUCAUCAUUGGUGCCACCAACAGGCCAGACAUCAUUGACCCAGCCAUCCUGCGCCCCGGCCGCCUGGAUCAGCUCAUCUACAUCCCCCUGCCUGAUGAGAAGUCCCGGGUUGCAAUUCUUAAGGCCAAUCUGAGGAAAUCACCAGUUGCCAAGGACGUUGACCUGGAUUUCUUAGCUAAGAUGACCAAUGGCUUUUCGGGGGCUGACCUGACAGAAAUUUGCCAGCGUGCCUGCAAACUGGCCAUCCGCGAAUCCAUCGAGAGUGAGAUCAGGCGAGAGCGUGAGAGGCAGACCAACCCUUCUGCCAUGGAGGUGGAGGAGGACGACCCAGUCCCUGAGAUACGCAGGGAUCACUUUGAGGAAGCCAUGCGCUUUGCUCGCCGCUCUGUCAGUGACAAUGACAUCAGGAAAUAUGAGAUGUUUGCACAGACCCUGCAGCAGAGCCGUGGCUUUGGCAGCUUCAGGUUCCCAUCAGGCAACCAGGGCAGUACCGGUCCGAGCCAAGGUACAGGAGGUGGCAGCGGGGGCAACGUGUAUAGCGAAGACAAUGACGAUGAUCUCUAUGGUUAACGCUCAGCUUGGUGGACCAGCUCCAUAUCAGGCCACAUUGUACAGCAAAAAAAAUCCAGUGUUCAGUGGACUCUUAGCUUCUUCAUUCUUCAGUCAGAACAGUGUAGCUGCACACCACUUUGUACAGGGAAUAUUUUCUGCAAACACAAAUCCAGAGUGGUGUUCAGUUGAGAGGCAGACAGUGAAUUAACAAGGAGGGGAACUGACAUAAUUUCUGAGAAAUUUCUGUGCUAGUUUAUGUGGCAGAAUCAGCAGCUUUAGUAAAAAAUACAAUGCUAGCCUGUAUUAAAAAAAAUCCCACAAAAAUUAUAAAAAAUAAUAAAAGUCCCACAACACUC